AAAUCCGCGUCUCUGUCAUUGUCUGUGUCCCUUGAUUAGAAUUUGGGAGACCUGAAACAUUCAACAAUUCCACUUGAUUGAAAAGUUUGACCAUCUUCUUUCUUCAACUUUUCCUUUCAAUUCCAGGCUACUUUUCUCAAACCCUUUCCCAAUUUACCUUCUUUAUCACAGUCUCUCCAAAUCCUCAUCUGGGUUCUCUCUCCCUUGCCUGUCUGAUCCAGAACUCUUUUGCUUCUCUCUCUCCUCUGCAAUUCCAGCGUAAAAGGUAUUACUUGAGCAAAAACAACAAAUGGGCAAGUGUCUAAGCAAAAGCAAAGAUUCAGAGCGACAACAUAAUGGCUACAGAUCAGUAGGAGGCGGAGAAGGAGGAGGUGGGGUCCACCACCAGAAACCCCAUAGCCAUGAAGCUGCUGCUGUUCAUCAACAACGACCCGAAAGACGCGGUCUGCCAGUCAACCAAGAACCCCAACCAGCAUGGAAGCCGACAGUCGCGGCUAAAACCCCCAAACCAGUAGCUCCAAGGCCGGCAGACAACACAAUCCUCGGAAAACCGUUUGAGGAUGUCAGGGUGCACUACACCAUUGGGAAAGAACUGGGCAGAGGCCAAUUCGGCGUGACCUAUCUCUGCACCGAGAUUUCGACCGGCAAGAAGUACGCCUGCAAGUCGAUUUCGAAGCGGAAGCUUGUCACCAAGAACGACAAGGAGGACAUCAAGAGGGAGAUUCAGAUUAUGCAGGAUUUGAGCGGGCAGCCCAACGUUGUGGAGUUCAAAGGUUGUUACGAGGACAAGCAGUCUGUCCAUGUUUGUAUGGAGCUGUGUGCAGGUGGAGAGCUGUUUGAUAGGAUCAUUGCCAAGGGACAUUACAGUGAGAGAGCGGCUUCUUCGAUAUGCCGGGCGAUUGUUAAUGUUGUCCACAUAUGUCAUUUUAUGGGAGUGAUGCAUCGGGACCUGAAACCGGAGAAUUUCUUGCUGUCUAGCAAGGAUGAGAAUGCCCUUCUCAAGGCUACCGAUUUCGGGUUGUCCGUCUUCAUUGAAGAAGGAAAAGUGUAUCGUGAUAUAGUUGGGAGUGCUUACUAUGUCGCUCCAGAAGUACUGCGACGCAGAUAUGGGAAGGAAAUAGACAUUUGGAGUGCAGGAGUUAUAUUGUAUAUUUUACUAAGUGGAGUGCCUCCAUUUUGGGCAGAAACGGAGAAGGGGAUAUUUGAUGCCAUAAUGGAGGGAGAGAUUGACUUUUCAAGUUCACCGUGGCCAUCUAUAUCAAACAGUGCCAAGGACCUAGUCCGUAGGAUGCUAACACAGGACCCCAAAAAACGUAUCACUUCGACUCAGGUUCUAGGUAUAGAUCUCUUCCUUUUACUUGAUACUUGGCUUAUUGUGUCUAGCAGAUUUAUCUUGCAACUAAAACUUUUGAAUUUGGGUGGCCAACCAGAACAUCCAUGGAUCAGAGAUGGCGGAGAAGCUUCAGACAAACCCAUAGACAGUGCAGUGCUUUCUAGGAUGAAGCAGUUCAGAGCUAUGAACAAACUGAAAAAACUUGCAUUGAAGGUUAUUGCCGAAAAUCUUUCUGAAGAAGAAAUACAUGGGCUGAAGGCAAUGUUUACAAACUUGGACACGGACAAUAGCGGAACCAUCACUUAUGAUGAACUCAAGUCAGGAUUGGCUCGACUUGGUUCUAAGCUCACAGAGGCUGAAGUCAAGCAGCUAAUGGAAGCUGCUGAUGUGGAUGGGAGUGGAUCAAUUGACUACAUUGAAUUCAUCACUGCUACAAUGCAUAGACACAGGCUAGAGAGGGACGAACAUCUUUACAAAGCCUUUCAAUAUUUUGACAAAGAUAAUAGCGGGUUUAUCACAAGAGACGAGCUAGAAUCUGCAAUGAAAGAGUAUGGAAUGGGUGACGAAGCUACAAUUAGGGAAAUAAUAUCGGAAGUUGAUACAGAUAAUGAUGGUCGGAUCAACUAUGAAGAAUUCUCCACGAUGAUGAAAAGUGGAAUGCAACCGCAGGCCAAGCUAUUCUAAAGUUUCUUUCUGAUGCCAUUCUCCGACUGUUGCAAGCCAUAAGUUCCCCUCGUAGAAUAUACAUGUGUAAACCGAGGGAGGACCGUGAGUCGCAUGAGUGGUACUUCAUGCUUGCUGCCGAUUGCUUGCCGGAGAAAUGAACGUUUUAGUUUGGAUUGGUUCUGAGUUACAAGUGCAACAGUUUGUGCUGCACAAAUUGCGCAUAACAAGUCAGCAUCUCUUUUUUAUCUUGUAUUUAUCUUUGUUGUCUUGUUUUUAUCAUGUUUGGCUCCGUACAUUCUUUUUCACAUUAAUAAAUGAAGAGAAAUAAUUUUUGCACGUC